ACUUUUGUUUAAAUUUGUUGCUUCUAUUCAAUUUCACAUUGUGUUAUAAUGUAUUGUCUAUGAAUCACAGAUUAAUAGAUACUUACUAUGUCCAUAGAUAGUACAUUAACAGAAUGUGCGAGCUUCCAGGUAAAAAUAAUUUAAAUAAUAUACAAACUUUAUUAUACUACAUCUAUAUAUAAACAAAAAAUGGGACCACCCUGGAAGUAAAACCUUCUAAACAAAAAAUAAUAUCGCUGGACAUACAUCAGAAUCCGUGAUAGCCCAGUGAAUAUGACCUCUGCCUCCGAUUUUGGAGAGUGUGGGUUCGAAUCCAGUCCGGGGCAUGCAUCUCCAACUUUUCAGUUGUGUGCAUUUUAAGAAAUUAAAUAUCACGUGUCUCAAACGGUGAAGGAAAACAUCGUGAGAAACCUGCAUACCAGAGGAUUUUCUUAAUUCUCUGCGUGUGUGAAGUUUGCUAAUCUGCAUUGGGCCAGCGUGGUGGACUAUUGGCCAAACCCCUCUCGAGGAGACUCGAGCUCCGUAGUGAGCCGAAUAUAGGUUGAUAACGACGAAAACGAUACAUCAGAAUUAGAAUAAUUGCUGAGAAAACCAUAAAAACAACCAUUUUCUAUUUCCCAUACACAUGUUUAAGAGUCAAGGGGUAGGUAGGGGUAGGGAUAGAGAAAGAAUUUCCUAGUCCCAACGCCAUGAAUUGGUUGAAUUUUGUCUGUUGGUCUGCACGAGUUACGUCGUUUGGCCUCAGACCUGAGCCAAUUUCGAAAAUAUAAAAUCCUAAACUAAGAGCUAGGAGUCAAACCCACUACCUCUGUCGAGAACCAUAGCAUUACCAAGUACCAACUGCACCAAAAGAAUGAGUUAAUGUGAAUUGUGAUCUCAUCAUCUCAGUUUGCAAAUAGUCGCGCCAAUAAAACAUUUUCUUUGGAAGACCUGAAAACAUUUUUGACGACCUCCGUGGCGCAGUGGUAUGCACGGUGGAUUUACAAGACCGAGGUCCUGGGUUCGAUCCCCAGCUGGGCCGGCUGAGGUUUUCUUAAUUGGUCCAGGUCUGGCUGGUGGGAGGCUUUGGCCGUGGCUAGUUACCACCCUACCGACAAAGACGUACUGCCAAGCAAUUUAGCGUUCCGGUACGAUGUCGUGUAGAAACCGAAAGGGUUGUGGAUUUUCAUCCUCCUCCUAACAAGUUAGCCCGCUUCCAUCUUAGAUUGCAUCAUCACUUACCAUCAGGUGAGAUUGUAGUCAAGGGCUUACUUGUAAAGAAUAAAAAAAAAAAAAACAUCUUCGACUUUAAUGAUUGUUUUUUGAUAUUAUUUGAAAUCAGAAUCCUUUUGGAGUAAGGACGGAAUGAUUUAUGAGGACUUCCGAAAAUUGCUUGUUUUAUGUAUUCAUUGAAGCGAUUUUAGUUUAGGCACAGAUAUAAUAAUAUAAUGUAAGCCGUGAUAGCCCAGUGGAUAUGACCUCUGCCUCCGAUUCCGGAGGGUGUGGGUUCGAAUCCGGUCCGGGGCAUGCACCUCCAACUUUUCAGUUGUGUGCAUUUUAAGAAAUUAAAUAUCACGUGUCUCAAUCGGUGAAGGAAAACAUCGUGAGGAAACCUGCAUACCAGAGAAUUAUCUUAAUUCUCUGCGUAUGUGAAGUCUGCCAAUCCGCAUUGGGCCAGCGUGGUGGCCUAAUCCCUCUCAUUCUGAGAGGAGACUCGAGCUCAGCAGUGAGCCGAAUAUGGGUUGAUGACGACGACGAUAGAUAUAAUAGCACAGUUGGUUUAGUUUGAAGAAUAUAUUGUCUCAACUUACCAAGUUACAAUAAACAUAACUCUUAUCUUCCAUAUAGUCAUAAAGCCAUUCAACUAUAAAAGCAAUUUUACGCGCGAACUAUCAUGUAAGUACAUAAUAUAGAUUUUGAUUUGUAAUACUUGGUUUCUGAAAUUAAUGGUAUCUGUAAUGUCGACAUGAAACUAGAUAUUAUAGAGAAUAAAACUAACUACAUACUGCAAUAUGAUUGAUAAAAUUAUUAACAAAUACAAAUAUGAUAAUAUUUCUAUUAACUUGUAAUGCGUCUCAUUUUUCUAACAGCAAUAGCUUGUACAGUCUGUAAGUGUAGAACAAAAUGGCCUGAUUCAAUAAAUCGAAUAGCGUAUGUCGAUAAUCCGGUAGAAUCUGGUUUCCCAGGCCAUUGGCUGCCGAUUGACUUAAUUAAACGGAUCAUGGAAUCGCGAGUUCACACAUUAGUACCGAAUGUUGAUAAAUCGUUUCACGAUGUUCUAUCAAGAAAACCCCUGUUCUUUCACAAAGCGAAAAAGAAGACCAAAGAACAUACAUAUGAUGUAAAGGCAACAAAAGCUAUUGUAAAAAUACCUACUGUGGAUACAAAACCUCAAACAGAAGCGUCUAGAUUGCCAGAAAUGAUCCCUAAAAUAAUAUUUGACAAGUCUUCAAUAAUCAGUAAUGUUAAGACAAAGCUUGUAUUGAAAAAAACUAAAACAACUAAUGAAAUAACUGUAUGUACGAGGACUCAUUCACCAACAGAUUCACUUACAAAAGUAUCUUCUACAAGAGGUGCAAAUAUUGAAGAUGGUUCUAACGCUGAAGUUAAUUCUUUGGAUGAGGUGGCUGAACAGAAUAAGGCAGUGUCAAACGCUACUAAAGAGUCUUCAUUGGAAAUGACGCCAUCUAAUACGUUUGCUUCAUUACUUACAUCAGAAUCUGGAAUAUUUAAAGAAACUGUUUCAACAGAGUCUAGUACAAACCCAUUAACUGAAGGUUUUACUGUUAGCUCUACAGAAUUAACAAAUAUAACAUCAUCCACUAAGAAUAUGACUGUAUCUAGUACAAGUAUCACAGAAUCUACUAGUAGUCGUCCAUAUGAUUCCACUGAAGUUACAGCCACAUCAGAAUCUGCAACUACUUCGAUAGUAUCCACUACAAGUACAGCAGUAUCUACUUCAAGUGCGACAGAGUCUACAACUAGUAUGACAGAAUCUACUACAAGUACGACAGAAUCUACUUCGAUUACGCCGGAAUCUACAACAAGUACGACUGAACCUAUCACGAGUACAACUGAAGCAAUAAGUACAACAAAGUCUAUGACGGUAUUGACUAUGUCUUCCCCCACCACAACUACUGUUACUUCCACUACGGAAACUGGCAAUCCAUUCUACUAAAAACUCAGACCAAUUAUAGAAGGACCUGUAUCGCAUUCAUAGUUACGAACAAAAUUUUCUGCCAUUUUCUGAGGAAAAUGAGCUUAAAUUUGAUAUAAAUCUUAUACUAAACUAGAAGUUUUUGCACGUUAUUUACACAAAAAGGUAUUUUUACGGAGCUCUUUAACCGACGAACACGAUUACAACUAUUUAACAUCGAUUCUAUAGAGACAGUUUUUAUAAUCGCAUUAGAUCGUUGAUCAUAUACUUUGACAGAAAAGUAACGUCUAGCGAGGCAGGUCCUAUACAAUAAUUGGUCUGAGACUAAAAAUCAAUUUAAUUAAAUAGUUAAGAGUAAUUUAAUAUUUUAAUCUGUUAAAUCUUUGAAGAACUGGUAUCUUAUAUAUCUCUCUUUGUGGAGAUAUCUUAGAAACCAAAAAAGAUAUCUUUCUUUCUUUAUCCUUUACAAGUUAGUCCUUGACUACAAUGUCACCUGAUUGUAAGUGAUGAUGCAAUCUAAAAUGGAAGCGGGCUAACUUGCUAGGAGGAUGAAAAUCCACACCCCUUUCGGUUUCUACACGACAUCGUACUGAAACGGUAAAUUGCUUGGUGGUAAUCGAACCUAGGAUCUUCGUCUUUUAAAUCCACUGCAUACACAGCGCCACGGAGGCCGUCAAUUUUAUAGAGAUAGGUAGGGUGAUAAUGUAAAAUUCAUCAACGACCACUCAUCAUAUCCUUUCCCUUAUCCCACUUAAGUGGGGUCGGCAAAAUAUGUCAAUCUUCUCCAUUCUUCAUCUUCUUCGGCCUUCAAUUCAUCAACGACCAGUGUCAGAUAUUAAUGAUAAUGAUUGGGACCGACGGCUUAAAGUGCUCCCUGAUACACGGGGUCAUAACCCAGACUUCUUAUCACGAUGUUGCUACGUACUUAAUAAAAAUUUCUUAUAAAAUUAAA